AUGACCAGACAUGUGCACAUAAAACAGCUUCCAAAGCUGAAAGUGCGCUCAAUUCCCCAGACACCAUCACGUGGACACCCGUUUCGAUGCUUUUCAGUCCUUAACCGUCCUCCGCCAAACUAUGAGGGCCACAUACCGUUGACGCGCACUGAGAGAUUGGCUCUCACCAUAGGUUCGGGACUCGGCAGUUUUCUGGAUCCCCGGAGAGGAGAUCUUAUUGCAUCCUUUGGUGAGGCUACAGCACAACCCUACUUCAUCUACAAACUUCGCGAUCGCAUGCUGUUGAACCCUACCGGCCGACGGAUACUGCGCGACCGGCCACGACUUACGUCAACCUCUCUUGAUAUUCCGCGCCUGCGCAAACUCCCGCCAAACACAGUGGGAUACGCAUACGCUGCAUGGCUUGAUCGCGAAGGUGUCUCGCCUGAUACCCGAGCGGCUGUUCAGUUCAUCGAUGAUGAAGAGUGCGCAUAUGUUAUGCAACGGUAUCGCGAGUGUCACGACUUCUACCAUGCACUGGUCGGACUACCCGUCUUUCGCGAGGGCGAGGUAGCCCUCAAGGCAUUCGAGUUUGCGAACACUGGUCUGCCCAUGACUGGCUUGGCUGUUUUUAGCGCAUUUACUUUGAAGAAAGCCGAAUGGAGGCGCUUCUGGGACAUCUACGGCCCAUGGGCCACCAGGAACGGGGCACAGAGUGAUGAUGUCAUCAACGUGUAUUGGGAAGAGGAACUGGAGACAGACAUUGACGAGCUAAGAACCAGGCUGGGCAUUGAGAAACCACCGGAUCUACGGGCUAUGCGCAAGGCGGAACGUGAGGCGCGUAAGAAAGAAAAGGAGGCCAAAGAAAAACCGGCACGCGCUGCCACAUGA